UGAAUAUGUUACAUAAUAUGAUAUUAACCUAUUAAUGCAUAUCAAGCACCGGUCUUGAAUAUCAUUGAUUUCAUACAUAAAGCACAAAGUUAAAGUGUACUCUACUGGCGGCAAUAUUUAUCUUUGAAAAUGUCUUUCAUUGAGGACAAUUUUGUACACUCAACAUAGUUUCUAUUUUUUGCCGUUUGGCCGCUGAAAGGGGUCAUUCAAUGACAUUAUGUUUUUAUUUGCUAUAGCAAACACCAGCCAAACACGAUAGUCCGGUAGUCGAAGUAUCGCCAAUUAGCUCUAGAACGAGUUCGCCAGAUUCACAAAAUAGACGCAGUUCACGCCAAGAUUCAAUAGGAAGUGGGACAUCAAGUGGUAGUACCCCACGUGUUCGUGAAGUUCGUGAACAACAAAUUUCAUUAAACGCUCCCCCGAUGAGUAGUCCACAAAUUACUACAGUAUAUAGUGCCGAUAAACCACCUAUACCACCAAGGGGGCUUCCACCACCAGUUCCUCAACGACAAAUAUCUACAAGUGAGACUGUUCAACUUCGUAAUCGGGAAGGAAACAAUAAUUAUGGAAUUAAUAUUCAAGAUUCAGUAGAUCAUUGGAAUACACAACAAAUUAAAAUGGAAGCACCACCUUUACCAGCAACAUUACCUCCAGUGGGAUGUACCCUAUCAUAUGCUAGUGGUUCCAACAUAAACAAUAAUAAUUCAGGAGGGAAAAUGAGAUCAACAACAUGGCAUUCGCAAACUCACAGCGUCGGUUUAAACAAUAAUUUAUCCAAUCAGAUGUUAACUAAUAACAACUUUUUGGAUAAUGAACGAGCUGCAUCGGCCGGUUGGGGUGUAACUAGAUUCGAUGCAAAUUCUCGCCCACUAUCUCUUCAACAUGAUAUAUCUUCUUCAAGAAUUUCAGCUGAAAGCUCAAGUGAAAGUGAAGCACACUCCACUAUCAGUACAGGAAGUAAAGAAAAGAAAAGUGGCGUGUUUCGAAUGUUUCGAAUGAAUAAAAAGCGAUCAAGUCAACCGAAUUAAUUUUUACUAGCUAUUACUAACCAUAAAAAUUGGCAUAAAACUUCAAAAUUAUAUAUUCAGAUUUG